AGCCCGGUGCAGAGCGAGCGCGCUGACCUGCAGGCCCGGCGGCGCACCGUGAGCCGGAGCGCGAGAUGGCCUCCUUGGACCUGCCGUACCGCUGCCCUCGCUGUGGGGAGCACAAGCGCUUCCGGAGCCUCUCCUCCCUGCGGGCACACCUGGAGUACAACCACACCUACGAGACCCUCUACGUCCUGUCCAAGUCCAACAGCGUGUGCGACGGCGCCCUCGUCCCCCUGGUGGGCCCCGCGGCUGGCCUGCAGGACGUGCUGGAGCGCUCCGCUUUUGGUGCCAAGGAGCCCCGCUUCCCGUACGAGCUGCCGUGCUCUGAGGACCUCGGCCUGGCCGCCACCCGCUACAUCCCCGAUGUAGAGAUCCCCCUCAGCGAGAUCUUCAUCAAGAAGGACAUGGCCUCCAGCACCGCGCCGUCUUCCCCCAGCACCGCCAUCGCCGUGGCGGCCAGCGCCGCUGCCAGCGCCAUGGAGGCGGCCUACGAGGAGGGCCUGGCGCGGCUGAAGGUGCGGGCCUUUGAGCGGCUGGACCUGGACGAGCGGCUGGAGAAGCUGUCGGAGGAGGUGGAGCAGAAGAUCGCGGCGCGGGUGGGCCGCCUGCAGGUGGAGCUGGAGAAGAAGAGCUCGGAGCUGGAGAAGGCCAAGCAGGAGAGCGUGCGGCUCAGCCAGGAGAAGCAGGACCUGGAGGACAAGGCCUCGGAGCUCUCGCGACAGGUGGACGUCUCUGUGGAGAUGCUGGCCACCCUCAAGCAGGACCUAGUCAACAAGGAGCAGGAGCUGACGCACAAGCAGCAGGAGGUGGCGCAGAUUGACCAGUUCCUCCAGGAGACUGCAGCGCGGGAGGCCAACGCCAAAGUCCGGCUGCAGCAGUUCAUUGAGGAGCUGCUGGACCGCGCCGACCGCGCCGAGAAGCAGCUCCAGAUUAUCAGUAGCUGCGGGACCACCCCUAACGGCAGCCUGGGCCACUGCAGCAUCCCUGGCUCCAAGGGCCUCACCCGCCAAAGAAACUCCAGCGCUCCAGUGGGGUCCAGGGGAGUGUACCAUGUAUCAGACCGACGAUCCUCGCCCAGCACUGGCCAGGUGAAGUCGGCGUCGCAGGGCUCAGGGGGUUACGACAGCGACAGCGUGGACCUGAACCCCCUGGAGGAGUGCGGCGAGACGCAGUACUACCACGUGCAGUCCCGGGAGGGAGGCUACGAGCGUAGUGCCGCCGCGGCGUCGUCCCGCGGCUGGGGGCUCCGCAAGCAGGCCAUCCAGAACUGGCAGCGCCGGCCCUACCGGAACAGCACGGAGGGCGAGGAGGGCGACGUGUCCGACGUCGGCUCCCGCACCACCGAGUCGGAGGCGGAGGCCUGGGAGCAGGAGCGGCGUGCCUCCUCCGACACUCAGCACUCCGCCUCCUCCAAGGCCGGGUACCGUCUGGGAUCAGGGCGGUCAGAGGGGGCCUACAAACCCGGCAGGCAGGGCAGCCCCUCUAAGUCCAGUGAGGUGAUCAGCCCCGAGGUCCUGAAGAUGCGUGCCGCCCUCUUCUGCAUCUUCACCUACCUGGACACCAAGACACUGCUGCGGGUGGCCGAGGUGUGCCGCGACUGGAAGUUCGUGGCCCGCCACCCAGCCGUGUGGACCCGGGUCCUGCUGGAGAACGCCCGCAUAUCCUCCAAGUUCCUGAUCAUGUUGUCUCAGUGGUGCACGCAGACCCACUCCCUCAUCCUGCAGAACCUCAAACCCAGACAGAGGGGCAAGAAGGAGUCCAAGGAUGAGUACCUUAAAAGCACACGUGGGUGUUUGGAAGAGGGGCUAGAGGCCCUUCUGAAAGCUGCAGGUGGGAACCUGCUUAUCCUGAAGGUGUCUCACUGUCCCAACAUCCUGACUGACCGCUCUCUGUGGCUGGCCAGCUGUUACUGCCGUGCCCUACAGGCCGUCACAUACAGGAGUUCCACAGAUCCGGUUGGCCAGGAGGUGAUCUGGGCUCUAGGAGCUGGCUGUCGAGACAUCAUCUCUCUGCAGGUGGCGCCGUUGCACCCAUGCCAGCAGCCGGCCCGCUUCAGUAACCGAUGCCUGCAGACCAUUGGCCGAUGCUGGCCACACCUACGGGCCCUGGGAGUGGGUGGGGCUGGGUGUGGCGUCCAGGGGCUGGCGUCACUGGCAAGGAACUGCAUGCGAUUGCAGGUCCUGGAGCUGGACCACGUGAGCGAAGUCAACCAGGAGGUGGCAGCAGAGGUGUGCAGAGAGGGGCUGAAGGGCCUGGAGAUGCUGGUGCUCACCUCCACACCGGUCACCCCCAAAGCCCUGCUGCACUUCAACAGUGUGUGCCGAAACCUCACGUCCAUUGUGGUGCAGAUUGGGAUAGCGGACUACUUUGAUGAUCCCAACAGCCCUGAGGCCAUUAAGCUCUUUGAUGAGAUGGUGAACAAGCUGCAGGCCUUAAAGAAGAGACCUGGCUUCUCCAAGAUCCUGCAUGUGAAGGCAGAUGGUGUUUGCUAAUGUCCCCUUAGGGUGAGUAUUGAAAAAGGGCAGAUUUACCUCCCACCCUGACAAAAGUGUGUAUGAGUCCUUUUCCUAUCUCCAACCAAACCAACGCAUAAGAAGGACUAUGACCUAGCAUGCAGAUGAGAGGGGAACAGAGAAGUAGACAUGGAGGGUCUUUUGUUCACAAAAGGGGUGAACAGUCCCUGAAGCUGUCCAGGAGGCGAUUUCUGCUGACACGAAGCAACAAUGAAAACAGUGGACCUCAGUUUGCGUGGACAUUGGAGUGUAGUGACAUGGACAUGAGCUAGUCACCACCCAGACGUAGCCGUGUAAUGAUUUUAUUUUGGGUUCACCUUUCCUGCAAGGGACAGAGGCCACAAAAACGUGUUCAGUAGCACUUACCCAGUCCACGGGAACUAGUGCACUGAUGAUUCUUGCAUCUUGCCAAAUGUACAGUAAAUAAACUGGAAUAACU